GCAUGUUACUUAUAAAGAAGCUUAAUUUAAUCUAUAUAUACAGGUAAAAUUUUCACCUUCAAAACAACAAAUUCCACAGCCAAAUGGAUAGUUCUUGGAUUCUUUUUGCCUUACUGUAUGCAGUUCUAAUAGCCUUUGCCUCAAAACUAAUCCUAACCAAACCAAAUCGAAAAAUCCCACCAGGUCCAAAACCAUGGCCUAUCAUAGGCAACUUGAACCUUAUUGGUCCAAUCCCACAUCAAUCCUUUCACCUCUUAUCCCAAAAAUACGGCGAAAUUAUGCAGCUCAAGUUCGGAAAAUAUCCGGUUGUGGUUGCAUCAUCCCCAGAGAUGGCCAGACAGUUUCUGAGGGUGCAUGAUGCGAGCUUCGCGUCUAGGCCCUCGCUUGCAGCUGGCAAAUAUACCAGCUACAAUUACAAGGACCUAGUAUGGGCCCCACAUGGCCCAUACUGGCGCCAGACUCGGAGAAUAUACUUCUUCGAAGUCUUAAGCCCUAAGAAACUCGAUCUCUACAAGCAAGUACGUGCCAACGAGAGGCAGAAUUUCCUGUCAAACUUACGGGCCCUGGCAGGUAAGCCUAUCAUGCUCAAAGACCACUUGUCGCGCUAUAGUUUGUCCACGGUGUGGAAGAUAAUAUCAAAAGAUGAGUAUUUUAGUGACUCUAAUGGAGGAAACUCUGUUUUAAAUAUGGAUGAAUUGCAUGAGAUGGUUGAUGAGUGGUUUUGGCUUUCUGGUGUUUUUAACAUUGGAGAUUGGAUUCCAUGGCUGAGUCCAUUUGAUUUGCAAGGAUAUGUCAAGAAAAUGAAGGCUUUGAACAAGAAAAUGGAUAAGUUUUACAAUUAUGUGAUUGAUGAUCAUUUAGCUAGAAGAGUUAAAGACAAAGACGAAAUUACCCCUAGGGAUUUUGUGGAUACUUUGUUGCAAAUGGCUGAGGAUGGUAAGGUUGAAGUUGAGCUCACUAGGGAUUGUGUCAAGGCAUUAAUACAGAACUUGAUUGUGGGAUCCAUGGAUACGUCUGCCACGACAAUCGAAUGGGCUAUACACGAAACUAUCAGACAUCCGCGCAUAAUUGAGAAGGCAAAAGCAGAGCUGGACAAAGUGAUCGGAAGAGAGAGAUGGGUGGGAGAGGACGACUUCUCUCAAUUGCCUUACUUGGAUGCCAUUUUGACCGAGACGUUCCGGCUCCACCCGUUGGCCACAUUGUUAGCCCCCCAUUAUGCGAUUCAAGAUUGUAACGUUGUAGGCUACAACAUAUCAAAGGGGACGACAGUUUUUGUCAAUGUGUGGAGCAUAGGCAGGGAUCCCGGGGUGUGGGACUCCCCAGAUGAGUUCUUGCCAGAGAGGUUUCUAGGGAAGGAAACUGAUUUGUUGGGGAGCAACUUCGCGUUGCUCCCCUUUGGCUCUGGCAGGCGGAUAUGCCCCGGAUAUAACCUCGGACUAAAGGUUGUUCGAACAAUGUUGGCUAAUUUGUUGCAUGGAUUCGACCUCAAAUUGGUCGAUGGAAUGAAGCCUGAAGAUGUGUCUCUCGAAGAGGCGUAUGGACUCACCACACAUCCUAAGCAUCGACUCUCCCUGGUCAUGGAACCUACUUUGCCAUUGCAUCUCUAUUAGAUUAUGUUAUACUACUAUUUCUCAAUAAUCACAUUAAGAAAUGGAUGAGUUCAUGAGCUCGUGGUUAAUUUUCUAGCUUUUAGUAUGUCCUAUCUUUGUAUGUGUGAUGACUGAAAUUGCUUGAAAAAUAGUGUGUGAUUAUCUAUUGUUUUGCUAUUUCAGUUGAAACUGAGCCUAUUGGUUUACCAAAAAAUUGUUCUUGUUUGGUUGGAAAAUUAAUUGUAUUUUGUUCGAUUUCUGGCAGACGCGCAAGGGGGGUAGAGAUGGAGUCAGGCGGCGUUGGGGGUAGAGAUGACAAUCGAGUCCGUUUACUCAAAUCUACUCAUGUUGCUGAUUAAUCGAAUGCGAGCUAAUGGGGUGACAUGUGCACUAAAGUUAGAGAUCGAGAGAGUGAAAAAGAGGGAGGGGGACAGAUUAGAGAAACGAGAGAGGGAGACAAAUAUCAUUGGGCAAAAAUAAGUAGAUUGGGAAAAAAUUGGUCUAAUGAAAUGAUAGCUUCCCAAAGAAGAUUAACACUUAUCAGUGAAAAGCUCUUGGAAUCCGGCGACAGCUCCGACGAUGGAUGACGAGCGCGGCAAGGCGAGGGAGAAGGGGUGGUGGCGGCAAGGCGGCGGUUGGCCGAGAAAAAAUGAGGGAUCCAGUGCGAGAGAGAUGGGGAGGAAAGGUGAGAAGAGGAAGUAGAGAGAGAAGUACUGCAACGGUCUCCCUUUUAUGGCAUCUCUAGCCGCCACUUCAAAGAUUCGAUCUUUACCGACGACAACGACAGCAUGGCGGCAAAUGUGUGAAACGAGAGACUGGGCCGGGUGAGGCGGCGGGCGUGGCGACUGAAGCAGAGCAACGCCGCGGGUAAGGAAGGCGCGGCGGGACGAGUGGAGAGGCGGUGUGGAAGGAGAGCCGGCGAAGAAGAAGGAGCGGUGUUCUGGCGGGAGAUGAUUUCCGCCGCCGAUUGGGAGGAGGGAGGGAGAGACUUGAGAGAGAUGGAAGCGUGUAUGUUGCUUUAGGGUUUUAUUAAUUCAAUGUAUUAUGUACUCCCUCCGUCCCGCACUACUCGCACGUUUCAUUUUCGGCACGGAGAUUAAGGAAUGAGUGUAUAGCAAAGUCAAAUAUUACGGCUGUAGGUGAAAAUUUUUACUAAAAAUGGAAAUAGUGCAAAUAACUUGGGACGCCCAGAAAGGAAAUAAGUGCAAGUAGUCCGGGACGGAGGGAGUAUAUUGUUUGGGCUUUAGUUUAAUAUUUAGUAGGCUUUUAAGGUGUUGGAUUUUGGAGUAUAAUUUGGAUUUGAAGUAAUGGUAGUAUAAAAUUAUGCACUAAAUUUAUAGUAUUGGACAGCCUUUUUAAUUAAAUAGAAUUUUACUUUGAAUGUUGUACUUUGUUAAUUUUUAUUUUAAAGAAAGUUUUAUAUUUUAAAUUUUA